AUGGUGGUCCAUGGCGGCAACCACCACCACCUCCACAGGCGCCGACUAUUGGAAGAGGGAGAUGGUAGUCUCGUUUGCGACCCAUCUUUGAGUUUUGAAAACGUACGAAUCAGAAAUGCCUACAUUGCUUUACAAGCAUGGAAGGCGGUCAUCAUCUCCGACCCACAUGAUGUCACAACUAAUUGGGUCGGAUCAGAUGUCUGCAACUACACGGGUGUCUUCUGCUAUAAAGCGCUUGACAAUCCUCAAGAACGCACGGUGGCCGGCAUAGACCUAAACCACAAAGACAUAGCAGGCCACCUCCCCGACCACCUAGGCCUGUUAUUUGAUUUGGGUCUCUUUCACAUCAACUCGAAUCGGUUUUGUGGGAUCCUUCCACGUAGUUUUUUGAACCUCAAGAUGCUGUUUGAGCUUGAUCUAAGCAACAAUCGGUUUGCUGGAAACUUUCCGCACGUUGUGUUGGAACUUCCUGAGCUCAAGUAUCUUGACAUUCGGUUUAACGAAUUCGAAGGUAAGCUUCCUGAAGAACUUUUCGACAAGAAUCUUGAUGCUAUACUUAUAAAUCACAAUAAGUUUUCUUCUAACGUACCUGAAAACAUUGGGAAUUCACCUGCCUCCGUGAUUGUUCUUGCGAACAACAAGUUCACAGGAUGCGUCCCAUCGAGUAUAGCGAAAAUGAGGGAGUUGGACGAGUUGGUGUUGAGAGAGAACGGGUUCGAGUCUUGUUUACCCGAAACAAUCGGGAUGUUGAAGAACUUAACGGUGUUAGAUUUGAGUUAUAACAAGAUAAAAGGUGAGUUGCCUUCGAGUAUCGGGGAAAUGGAAGGUUUGGAGGAAUUGGAUUUGGCUCAUAACAUGUUUUCUGGAAAGAUUCCUGAGAGAGUGUGUUUGCUUCCUAAGUUGGAGAAUUUUAGAUAUGAAUACAAUUUCUUUGUGAAUCAAACUGAAAACUGUUUGAAAUUGGCGGGAUUUAACAAUAGAAAGAACUGUUUUAGAGAGUGGCCGGAACAAAGAACAAGAUUACAGUGUAGGAUGUAUCUAUCACAGCCGCUUAAUUGUAGUGCUUUCGGGUGUGCCGUGCUGUCCCCUCCUCCUGCUAUUCCACCACCAGCAUUGCCGCCAACACCUCCUCCAUCGCCACCAUCACCAUCACCGCCUCCACCACCACCAUUGCGGAGCCAGCCAUCACCAACUACACCACCAUCGCAUCCAAUUUCCGCCCCUCCCAGUCCACCGCCAUCACCUCCAACUCACAUCCCUUCUCCACCACCACCACCCCCUUUUAUUCCACCACCACCACCACCAUGUGAAUGUGAACGACCAAAACCACCACAAUCACCACCACCAUGUGAUCAAUCAGAAGCUCCAGAAUCUCCACCUCCAUGUGGAGACAACCACCAGUAG